CAUGGUAUAAUAGCAAUGAUCUGUCUGAAACCAACAUGUAUUUGUUUUAGAUAUGGACGAUUGUUCUGAAUGUCCACGAGCUCAGUAUCCUAAUAAGCAGAAGAAUGAUUGCCUUGACAAAGUUCUCAACUUCUUGACUUACGACGAGCCUUUGGGUGCCAGCUUGGCUGUUUUGGCUCUGUCCUUUUCGGUGAUCACCGGAUCCGUGCUUGGACUCUUCAUCAAGCACCGCAAAACCCCCAUCGUCAAAGCCAACAACCGCAGCCUUACCUAUGUUCUCCUGAUCUCCCUCCUGCUCUGCUUCCUCUGCUCCUUGCUCUUUCUUGGCCGGCCUCAAACACCAAUGUGUUAUUUGCGACAAAAUGCUUUUGGUGUCAUCUUUACAGUGGCCGUUUCCUCUCUCUUGGCCAAAACCAUCACUGUGGUUCUUGCUUUCUGGACCACAAAGCCAGGAUCGAGGGUGAGGAAAUGCGUGGGGAAAACACUUGCCAAUUCCAUUGUCCUGUGCUGUUCUUUGCUACAAGCAGUGGUGUGUGUGGCUUGGCUGAGCACUGACCCUCCAUUCCCAGAACUGGACAUGCACUCCUUUCCCGAAGAAAUCACUGUGGGAUGCAAUGAAGGUUCAACCAACAUGUUCUAUUAUGUCCUGGGCUACAUUGGACUCCUCUCUCUUGUCAGCUUCACAGUGGCUUUCUUUGCUCGGAAGCUGCCAGACACUUUUAACGAAGCCAAAUUCAUCACGUUCAGCAUGCUAGUCUUCUGCAGUGUGUGGCUGUCCUUUGUCCCAACAUACCUCAGCACAAGGGGAAAGUACAUGGUGUCUGUGGAGAUCUUCUCCAUCUUGUCUUCUGCCACUGGGUUAUUGGCUUGUAUCUUUUCACCAAAGUGUUAUAUAAUCAUCCUGAGACCUGAAUUGAACAGUAAAGAACAGUUAAGAAGGAACAUGAAGUGAACAUCUCUCAGCCCAAUCUUCAAUUAAAUCCUAUUGAUUUCAGUGCUCUCCAUGUUAUGAAGUUAGAAUUGCAAGACUUUUUAUGGUACACAUUUUCUGUAUAUAAAUAGUCCUGAUAGAUGAAUUACAGAUGAUGAGUAUACAAUUGAUGCUUCUUCAUGCAGACAAGCCCUUAUACUCACAUUUUGUUCUUAUAUUUCCUGUCUUUCCCAGUGUGUUAGACACAUAU